GUGCAGAGCCACCUGAGUCUUCGGCCCCUCGAAGUCGGGCUGCGACCACCGCCGCCGGCUUUCUCCGCUGCCCCCCAUCCCCGCACCCCUUUUCCCGCCGAGGACCGGGCCGGGCCUCGUCCGGGUGGACCGUAGUCCCCGCAAGCCAUGGCCCUGAGCUCCCGCGCCCACGCCUUCUCGGUGGAGGCCCUGGUGGGGAAGGGGAGCAAGAGGAAACUGUCGCAGGAAUUGGUGCGGGAACCCGUGCGGGAGCUGGAGCUGGAGGCCCGGCGGGAUCACUCGCUGGAGAGCCAAGGCGAGGAAGAGGAGAGACCCAAGGCGGAGGACUCGACGGCCGCGGUGGCCAGCGGCGGCGAGGAGCGGGAGGACAUUCAGGUGGAGCUGCAGGGGUCGGAGCUGUGGAAGCGCUUCUACGAGAUCGGGACCGAAAUGAUCAUCACCAAAGCGGGCAGAAGGAUGUUCCCGUCGGUGCGGGUGCGGGUGAAGGGCCUGGACCCCGGGAAGCAGUACUGCAUCGCCAUUGACGUGGUGCCGGUGGACUCCAAGCGCUACAGGUACGUCUAUCACAGCUCGCAGUGGAUGGUGGCGGGGAACACCGACCACUCGAGCAUCACCCCGCGACUCUACCUGCAUCCCGACUCGCCCUGCUCCGGGGAGACCUGGGCCCGACAGGUCAUCAGCUUCGACCGCGUCAAGCUCACCAACAACGAGAUGGACGACAAAGGCCAUAUCAUCCUCCAGUCCAUGCACAAAUACAAGCCCCGUGUGCACGUCAUCGCCCAGGACCGGCGCUUCGACUGCUCCCAGGCCCAGGCCCUGCCGGCCCAGGGUGUCAAAACCUUCUCCUUCCAGGAGACCGAGUUCACCACGGUCACGGCCUACCAGAACCAGCAGAUCACCAAACUGAAGAUCGACAGGAACCCUUUCGCCAAGGGGUUCAGGGACCCCGGGAGGAACAGAGGCGUGCUGGACGGAAUGAUGGACGGUUAUCCGUGGAGACCCCACCUCUCUCUGGACUUCAAACCCUUCGGCGCUGACCCGUCAGGGGGAAGCGGUCCUCCUUCUCCGGGCCCCUCCAGCGACGGCUCGCCCUCUCCGCUGGCCUCCCUGCGCUCGCCCUCCUGCUCGCCUCCCGCCUUCGCCCUGCCUUCCGGCAAGCUGGGCCUGGCCUGCCCCGACGGCUACGUGCCCGGCGGACCCCUGCCCCUGUGCUACAACCUCUGCCCGGCCGGUCCGCUGCUCCCGCCGCCGGCCCUGGCCCCGGCUGGCCCGGACGAGCCGAGCCCCGCCGCGCCGUCCGCCUUCCCGCUGGACCUGGCCGGGGUCCCUCCCGCGCUGGACCUCGCCGCCUUCAAAGCCGCCCCGGCCCCGGCCCGGGGGACCCUCGGCUGCCUGGCCCACCCCCCUCUCGGCCUCUAUUGCUACGGCUUCCCGGCGCCCCCGACUCUGCUGGGAGCCUCCAGUCCCUUCAGGCCGCACGGCCUUCUCCCCGGGCCCUGGCCAGACGGCCGGGGCCACCUGGCUCACUGGCCGGCCACCAUGAGCCACUGCCUCUAG